AUGGAAGAAAGGAAAAAGGAAGAGGAAAAAAGAAAGAACAAGGAAGACGCAAAACGGAUUGCUCAAUUCGUCAAACCCACUCCUCCCGUGACAAGCUCGAGCAGCUUGACACCUGAGACAGACGACAGCAAGAUGGACACAGACGUCAUCGCAACCCCUGAUACCAACGACGACGGAUUCACGUUAGUGGGAAAAAAGAGGAAGAAUAACUCCUCCAGAAACGUGUCGGACAGCGACAGCGACGAACCCCACAAGUCAAAAAGAACAGACACCAAAACUGUGCCAGAAGAGCAAACUGAACAAAACACGGAUGCUAGCAAACCAAAACCUCCACCGAUCAUAUUGGCAAGGGCAGGUAGAUGGUUCCAGUUGAGACUGGGGCUCAGAGAUAGAGAGAUCGGCUACCUGUCUACCGUAUAUAGAAACGGUAAGCUGAAAAUAUGGCCAGAAACCGAAGAAGACUACAGGAAGAUGCAGAAAUACUUCCUGGAAAUGGACGAAAGAUUCCAUUGUUUCACCCUAAAGGAGGACAAAUCUUUCAAGGCAGUGAUCAGAGGGAUCCCCGAAGAUACUGACCUUAAAAUUAUCAAGGAUGAGCUAGUAGUACAAGGACUAAACCCAAUCAAAGUUAAGAAAGAUUUGGGGAAUUUUGAAGCAGCAAUUCACGGUAUACGGGAGCAAAUGGACAGCAUUAUUGACAAUAUUCAAGGCGAAAUAAACACGUCGCAAGGAGAAACUGGUGACCGGAUAAGAAAAAAGACACGAAUUGAAGAGAACAGCAGAAAACGCGAAGCCUUAGAAAUAUGCGAUGCCGAUUUAUUGCAAAUAAAAACAAGGCAAAAAUAUGCUUAA